AGAAAGUCAGAUGUCAAUCGUCGAGAGUCAGCGAUUCGUUGAAGACGUCAGGAUGUCAGUACAUUUCUCAGGCUGGGAAGCGGUUGACGACGGAGCCUCUAGUCCUGGUGUAAUGCUCGGCCCAUCACAGACACCCCAAAAUAAGGGGGUCUAUACCAUGUUCCACGGCACCAAAGUGCUCAGCGCAAAGCAAAUCAUCACUAAUGGUUUCAACCAGUCUUCCAGUGGCAUGCUGGGAAGGGGUGUGUAUAUGAGCCGAGACAAGUCGAAGGCGGCUAACUAUCCAGCCGGAGGGACUUCCUCUGACCAGGUGAUACUUGAGCUGCGUGUCCGUGUUGGACGGGUCAAACGCAUUGACAAGGACAACCACCCUUUGCAACUGACCUGGAACCAAAAGGGCUACGACACUGCUUGGGUACCCCGUAAAUGUGGCAUGUCUUCUGUUCCAAGUGGGCGUGAGGAAGACUGUGUCUUUGAUCCCAAAAGAGUGCAGGUUGUGGGCAUUGCAAAGGCACCAGACAACAAAAUAGAGCAGGAGCUUCUGCAGCUUAUAAAGAAAGGAUCAAAAAGUGGCAAUGGGGCUGCAAAUGUGUGCUCCCUGUGCAAAAGGGCGACCCAGAAGGGCACCCCCCAUGUGCAGGAGCAGUGCUGGAAGUGCAGAAAAAACAUCUGCAUACUCAUGUCCAAGCACUUCUGUUCCUAA